AUGGCUCUCUCCGCCCCAAGCACAGACCCAAACACCCUCAUCGCCCUCGAAACCAGCGACGACUACAAAUUCCGCACCUUCACCGCCGAAACAGCCUGGACCCUAGGCACGGCCCUACGAACCCGUCUUCUCUCCCUCCCAGCAUCCCAACGCAAACCAGCCCUAAUCUCCAUCGCCCUCGCAACAGCUACAUCCCCCAACCCGCCACACAUUCUGUUCCAAAGCGCGACGGAAUCCGGCACGAUCCCGGAUAACGAGAACUGGGUGCGGCGCAAGCGGAAUACCGUGUUGCGCUGGGGUGUGUCUAGUUGGGCGAUGCGCAUGAAGGUGCUGGCCGGUCUGGGUGGUGCUGCUGGCGCGGACAGUGCGAGUGCUGUUGAGGAGGCGUUUGUGAAGAAGUUUGCGCUGGCGAGUUCGAGUGGGGGUGCGGUUGCGGAUGAAUUUGCUAUUCAUGGGGGUGGAUAUCCGAUUCGGGUUAGGGGGUGGAGGGGGUUGUUGCUGUUGUUGUUGUUAGUGGGUUGA